GCAAAAAUGUCUACAAUGCUUGAAAGACGAGUUUCAGUCGCUAGUAAAUUUCAAGAUGACCGAUAUUAUAUGGUUUUUCAUGCGUAUUUUGACGUGCUAGCCCAAGUUCACUCAGUUGUCGAAACUAAGAACGGUUCGUGGACGCUGAGAGUUUGGAGAGCUCAGAAGUUUGGACCAGAAGCCAGCAAGGAAAAACGGGAAAUGAAUCUAUUUCAUGUGACGGAGAAUACUUUCAAAUGUUACAUUGUUCCUCCAGAUCCACGCAUUGGAAAAGCCGUUGAAGAAAGUGGAAAAGAAUUUCUAAUUGAAAUUGAUGUUUACGAUGAUCAUCGAAUUGGAAUAGAGAAACUCAACUCUGGUGAUUUUGUAGCCCUACAAAAUGUGCAUGCAGCGUCCGUGGGGCUGACCGAAAUGCAAGUUCUUCACGGUGGUGGACAAGCAUAUAAUCGCGGAAUUUCGAAAGUUCCAGUCGAUUUCAGAAAUGAAGCCUUUCAGAUAUUCAAGAAAAGGGUCGAAUCUGUACUGGAAGCUGUUACUGACUGUGAUAACUUCAUAGAGUUCCAACAGAAAGAAAACGUAGUCCAAUCUGAAACAUCUACACAGACAAGUUCUUCGAAUACAUCAGGAGAUGCAGAUUUAAAACAUUGCCAACAAAUCAAAAUUGGAGAAGAUAUUUCUGUGGAUUAUUUUUUGAAAAAGUCCGGUUCUCGGUACAAUUUCUUGACGCAUGCUCAUUCUGAUCAUUAUCGUGGUCUUGACAAGAAAUGGACGCGGUCUGUGUACUGUAGUCCAGAAACUGCAAAACUUUUGCCACAUAUCAUGGGGUACACCGCCGAUUCUCCACCCCCAGCCGGUCUAAUUAACCCUCUUGAGGAGAACGUCCCUCACAAAUUUGAUAGUUUUCAAGUGACACUAGUCAAUGCGAAUCACUGUCCUGGAGCAGUUAUGUUUGUAUUCGAAGGAUCAAAAAUUGAAGAAAUCGCAGGCGGUGCUGUUCUGUGCACUGGUGAUUUUCGAGCAGAUAAAAUGUUUUUGGAAAGUCUAAAACCAGGAAACCAAUUGCAUUGGAUGACCGAAAUAAAAUUUGGAAUUAUUUAUUUGGAUAACACCUAUUUUUCAUUGGAUAUGCCGUUUCCUGAACGAUGCGAGGCAGAAAAAAUACUCCUGAAGGCUAUUGAAGCACAUCCGCAUGAAAAUAUUGUUAUUCCCUUGCAUAGACUUGGGCGUGAAGAAUUGAUUCAAGCAAUAUCUCGAAUAUUGAAUGAACCCAUUAUGGUUUAUGAUGAAAGAAAAGUUAUUUCAGAUUUAUUAGACUUUUCAUCAAACUGUGGAGUUUUGAAACAGUAUCGAGAUAUUAAAGUUAUCAAAAAAGGAAGCUAUUGUGAAAUAUCUCAAAAUUCGGUGAUAAUCGACAUAUCGAUGCUCUAUUAUACGUUUGGAAAUGGUGUCAACGACGACGAGGGAAUCAUUAGAAUUCCAUAUUCCGACCACUCUUCAAGAAGUGAAAUUCUUAAAUUUCUCAGUCAUUUUCACUUUAAAACGAUUACGCCGUGUACUAAAAAGUAUUCUAUCAUUGAGCUGGCAUCUUUGGAAAAUGCAGGAAAACGAUCAGAAGAGGACCACACAGUAGAAAAGACUCAAUCUACUAUCCAAGGAACACCCAUUUCACAACUUCAAGAAGACCCUCUACCGCCUGGAGUUGUAUUUCGAACGAAUACAUGCGAUUUUAUGGAUAUGGACUUGGACAAUUGGCCGGAAGGACCUCCGAAAACAUUUGCGGAAGCUAUCGCUCGGGCCAAUAAUUCAAGAAGGCCGAGAAAUCCAGGACUAUAAUUUAUUAAAACUUCACAACGGUUGAUGCAAUAAAAUUAAAUAUUAC